UUUAACUUGUUUUCAGACUUUGCUGUAACAUGUCUUUCAAACUUAUCAUGCCUCGCGGAAGUUGAAUGGCUGCGUUCUUGAGUACAAUUAUGUACAGUGAUUCUUCAUACGUAGUAAGCUUAGCUUAGAAAACAAAUACAUCUCUUGGGUACAAUUAUGUACAGUGGUUCUUCAUACGUGGUAAGCUUAGCAAAGAAACAAAUACAUCAACGUCAUUCAACGGAGAAAUGCCUGAAAUGGCAUGCUGUCCUUAAUGCUGGUACGGUGUACGUCUACAAUCAUGACUCUAUAGUCGGUGCUGUUGCGGUUGAAAGAUGGUGCUGCUAUGUAUUACAACGCUCGAGGCUGUAGCAGAUACCAUUACCAUACCGGAAGGAGGAACCCUUCGACUCCCGUGUAUACUUCCGCCGAAAGCAGACGAGAAUAUUACGGUUAGGUGGCUCUACAACUCCUUGGUGGUGUCGGAGGAUGACAACGUUACCAUGGAGAUGGCCGAUGCCGACAGGGCGCGCUUCACCAUUCAGCGGCCAUACGAAAGUGACUGGUUCCUAGUGAUCAAACCCGCACAAAGAAAGGAUGCUGGCUCGUACGCAUGCGUGGCGAAUGCAUCCACCGUCAUAUCCGCCCGAGUGAUCAUAGAAUACGCCCCGAAGAUCGUUGGUUACCACUCACGUGACAUCCACAUGCAGGUGUGCGAGCGGACACCACGUGUCGUCAUGUGGUGCAACGUGACCGGUCAGCCCUCUCCCAGCGUCAAGUGGUUUUACCGGAAGGACGAGAACUCGCCACAGACUUAUAUCGGCCUCUAUAAUCACAUGAUCUUUAUUCCGGACGUGGAUCACUCCAACCAAGGUCAAUAUCGAUGUGAGGUCAGCAACGCGCACGGAAAUGACGUCAUUGUAUUCCACGUUCACGUCAUAGAUCGUAUUCUAACACUGGAUCCAAACAACCCAAGCUGGCCGGGCAUCAUGAUACAAACCGGAAAUGCCGUCAUAGAUUCUUCUAACAUGGGCCACAAUAAAAACAAUGACAACAACAACAACAAUGCGUUAACACUAAUGUUGGCGGGUCUUGUUUUAUUGAAUGUGCUUGAAUGACUUAAAACACUAAAAUACACAUUUCAAAUCACAGCGAAACGACAUAUCAAUUAAAUACUUCAGUUAAACCAGAAAAGAAAACAUCUAAAAGUGUGUUCAACUGUUUAUACAAAUCAUAAAUGACAAGUAAUGAAGCUAGCUAUACA